CCGGCCUAGUGCUACAAAGCCAGUUCCCGCCCCUCUCUGGGCCUCAGUGUCCCCAUCUGGGCAGUGGAAAGUUUGACUCUCUGAGGCUGUGCUUGCCCAGAGAUGCCAAGGGUCCUUGUGUGCGAGAGUGAGCAGCUGCCCUGGAGGGCCUGACGGACAGACACACGGUCUGCUGGACACCCAAGCCUGCCAACUAGCCGGUCUACACCCAGUGCUUCCUCUCCCCAGGCAUGUCCACUAUGUGGCCCCUCUGGCUCCUCACGUCCCUGCUGGCCCUGAGCCAGGCCUUGCCCUUUGAACAGAAGGGCUUCUGGGACUUCACCCUGGACGAUGGGCUGCCCAUGCUGAAUGACGAGGAAGCUUCGGGUGCCGACACAACCUCGGGCGUCCCGGACCUGGACUCCCUCACGCCCACCUACAGCGCCAUGUGUCCUUUCGGCUGCCACUGUCAUCUACGGGUUGUUCAGUGCUCUGACCUGGGUCUGAAGGCUGUGCCCAAGGAGAUCUCACCGGACACCACACUGCUGGACCUGCAGAACAACGACAUCUCUGAGCUCCGGAAGGACGACUUCAAAGGUCUCCAGCACCUCUAUGCCCUCGUCCUGGUGAACAACAAGAUCUCCAAGAUCCAUGAGAAGGCCUUCAGCCCCCUGCGGAAGCUGCAGAAGCUCUACAUCUCCAAGAACCACCUGGUGGAGAUCCCUCCAAACUUGCCCAGCUCCCUGGUGGAGCUCCGCAUCCAUGACAACCGCAUUCGCAAGGUGCCCAAGGGCGUGUUCAGCGGGCUGCGCAAUAUGAACUGCAUUGAGAUGGGCGGGAAUCCCCUGGAGAACAGUGGCUUUGAACCUGGAGCCUUCGAUGGCCUGAAGCUGAACUACCUGCGCAUCUCUGAGGCCAAGCUCACCGGCAUCCCCAAAGAUCUUCCUGAGACCCUGAAUGAACUCCACCUGGACCACAACAAAAUCCAGGCUAUCGAGCUGGAGGACCUGCUCCGCUACUCCAAGUUGUACAGGUUGGGCCUAGGCCACAACCAGAUUCGAAUGAUAGAGAAUGGGAGCCUGAGUUUUCUGCCCACGCUGAGGGAGCUGCACUUGGACAAUAACAAGCUGUCCAGGGUGCCCACUGGCCUUCCAGAUCUCAAGCUCCUCCAGGUCGUCUACCUGCACACCAACAACAUCACCAAGGUGGGCGUCAACGACUUCUGCCCUGUGGGCUUCGGGGUCAAGCGGGCCUACUACAACGGCAUCAGCCUCUUCAACAACCCUGUGCCCUACUGGGAGGUGCAGCCAGCCACCUUCCGCUGCGUCACCGACCGCCUGGCCAUCCAAUUUGGCAACUACAAAAAGUAGAGGCAGCAGCAGCCUGUGGUGGCCUGGGUGGGGUCUCUGGGGAGCACAGCAGAUGUCCUGAAGGGAGAGGCAGAGCAAGGGAGCAAAGCCAGUGCCCAGCUGCACCCAACCCAGCCCCACCCCUGAUCCCCAACCCUCACUCGCUACCACCUGACACUCUGUCUCUGGCUCCCAAGUGUGCAGGUGGGGCACGAGGCCCAGACCCCAUCACAUGUCCCCUUGGCUUCAGAGCUGACCCUGCCCCCCACAUCAUAGCUGCUGAGAGGCAUCCCCACCAAGUUUUCCUCCAUUUCACCCUGAAACCAAAUUGUCCAGGCUCCAUUCCGGAGAAACAACUCCUUGGGUCUGGGGGGCAGGAGGGGACAAGCAGGGAUGUAGACAGUGAGCCCAUCGCACCUGACUGGUGCACAUUCCUCCUCCUCAUGAACUUCCAGCUUCCAGCCCUCUUAGCCUGCUCUGUUACCCUUGGCCUCCCAAGGCCCCCCACCUUUAUGCAAGGUCAUGGCGCAUUCACCUGAGCCUCCUUGCCCUACUGGCCUCUGGACCAGUUCUCUUCCUCUCUCUCUCUCUCUGUCUCUCAUCCUCUCUCUCUUCUCUCACAUCCUUGGGCUGGGUCUGGUCUCUGUCAUACUAGGUCCCUGCCCAGCCCUUACCCAGGCAAGCUGGGGAGUGAGGGGCAUCUGCCCAGGCCUUUCCCCCAAGCCUGGAUGGUCCUGGAGGAGGCAGUGGAGGUGCUGCACCCCAUACAUGCUCCAGUUAAGAAAGCAAGCACUGGACUCAGUCAGACCCUGGGAGUCUGGCCCCCAGGAGGGGCCCAGCAUCCCACUGGAGUCCCAAGCAUGCUUUUCAUUGUCCCCCUUCCCCCAUGAUGGCUAUGUCUCCCUUCCCCUCGCUUCCGGCCUUUGGUGUGGGGUUUUGAGCAAUCACAUCCAGCUUGAGGAGGGGCUGCUUCUGAGGUCAGUCGUUGUCUUUCAAUUAAAGAAACACUGUGCAAUAUG